AGAAGGAGCGGCGGGAGGACGAUGGGGCUGCUGACCAUCCUGAAGAAGAUGAAGCAGAAGGAGCGGGAGCUGCGGCUCCUCAUGCUGGGCCUGGACAACGCCGGGAAAACCACCAUCCUCAAGAAGUUCAACGGGGAGGACGUGGACACCAUCUCGCCCACCUUGGGCUUCAACAUCAAGACCCUGGAGCACCGGGGGUUCAAGCUGAACAUCUGGGACGUGGGCGGGCAGAAGUCCCUGCGGUCCUACUGGAGGAACUACUUUGAGAGCACGGACGGGCUCAUCUGGGUGGUGGACAGCGCCGACCGCCAGCGCAUGCAGGACUGCCGGCGGGAGCUGGAAAACCUCCUGGUGGAGGAGCGCCUGGCCGGGGCCACCCUCCUCAUCUUCGCCAACAAACAGGACCUGCCCGGAGCCCUGUCGUCCAGCGCCAUCCGAGAGACCCUGGAGCUGGACUGCAUCCGCAGUCACCACUGGUGCAUCCAAGGCUGCAGCGCCGUGACCGGCGACAACUUGCUGCCGGGCAUCGACUGGCUCCUGGACGACAUUUCCAGCCGCGUCUUCACGGCCGACUGAGCCUCCUGCCCAAGCUGCGGACCCGACGCAGCCCCCCGGGGCGGCCUUCAGCCAGCUCUUCUGGGGGUGCUUGGGACCCUGGGGUCACUCCUCUCUCCACACCCCAUAACUGGCGUUGCUGCUGCUGCUGCUGCUGAGAGGACCCCGCCCACCCCACUGCUGCUCAGAAGAAGCCCCCCCGCAUCCUGCAGCCUCUUGCAGGACGGUGUGGGGGGAAACUGAGGCAGGAAAAGCACGUUCUGCUCCUCGGAGGCCCGGGCGGGUUCCUCCCUCUGCUCAGCGGAAACAAUAAAGCACUGAACUCAU